CAGAUGUUUUACCUGUGCGUGCUUUGUGUCUGACGUGUUAACGUUGUUGCCCCGCCCAUGUAAUCCAGCGAGGUCAUUGUUCACCGACCUGCAUACAUGUGUACAACAUGUCGGGACUGGGGCUCAGGCGGUGACAAGCACGAAAUACGGACUGUAACGAUUGUGACUAGACGAACAUGGGUUGCGGCACCUCUCAUGGCCCCGCCCCACCACCACACCUCACACCACGGGCAAACCAGCAACAACCAGAAACGCCGAUAAACAACGGCAAGGCGGACAACAACCUGCCAAUGAACGGCACGUAUAAUCUCUCCUCUAAAACUCAUAAACAAGACCACACAGACGGCCAUCAAAAGUCCACGGCAGAGGUGAACCCUCGUGUGAAGACUACCGAGGCGGCAGUGACGUCACAGAACGAUUUCUCUACUGGAGUUGACCUUCCGGAUCUGACAGAAAUCAAACGGCCAGCCGACAUCGCCUGUAUCAGGUCGAGAAACAGCGCCAAGUGGCCCAUCAGGUGCUUCUGUAGCCUGGACUUUAACGUGAACGCCGGGUACGGAGGGUGUGCGUCUCUCCUGUUACUGUCAUGUAGCUACAACAACAAGGACAACUCAACUACGGAGAUAUUCCUUCUCCGUUCCGGUUUCGACUGUAACCAUGUCGAGGCGACGUCGUUGGUCAAGAGCCAUGGCGGCCAUUUUGGAGCAGAAAACGGCAUCAAGACAGACGAGGACGGCAGACUCCUGGUGGACUGUCUUUUCGGGACGAACUUUGCCUGUCUGCUGUCUAACGACUCCCGCUGGGGGCACGGCGGUGUGGGUGUGGUGACGGACGGGCCGGAGGAGGAGGGAGAGACCUGCAAACUCCGCCUCAACGUCAACGGCGGGAGCGGAGGGGGCACGUCCAUUCUCAUGUGCAGGGGGGUGGUCCCUGGCGUCGAUACUGCCAAGGUUGUAUCCUGUGUGUACGUGAUAAGCUCGGGAUUUGACAACAACGCCUUCCGGACGAAGAAGCUGUUCGACCACGGGGAGGACCUGUGGAAGUUCUCGGUGGACGGCUCGGGAGUGCUGCAGGCAGCGGGACCCAUGAGCAGCCGGUACGCUCUAUUCCACAACCGGGACACGUUCGUGCCAACCGGUCAGGACAGGGUGGCGAAGGUUCGGCACACUCAGGCUUACCGAGGAGACUCCCAGACGGUCCUGCUGCCGGAGUGUCGGGAUUGUGGGACGGCUAUGGUCCUCUGCUCCAGUAGCAGUGGAACUGAGACCGCCACCACUGCCUCUUUAUACGUCCUGACCAUCAGUACACAGGGGAUCCAGUCAGUGGAAGCUGCGUUUGUAGCAGGCAGCUCGGGAAAAGGAGCGCCUGAAUCGGCGGAUCAAUGGACAUUCGCCAUAGCCAACGGGAAACUUGUAGUGGAAGGUCCCCCUCUUCCCUGUCGGUACGCCUUCUUCUCUAACCUCGCUGACGACGAACAAAACCCCAAAGGUCGUUGCCACCAAGAUAGCUGCCUAGCAACCAAUGACAGCAGUCCUGUCUGUGGAGUUGUGUCAGUGGACAGUAACGGGAUCCGCGGUUGGGUGACAGCUCCUUCAGAUAUCGUCAUCAAGGUAAACGAGAGAACGGUUGCCGUGAUGGCGGCCCCGGAGCUGGUGUCUGUGGCGGCGGGAAGGAUGGCGUUCGCCAGGCGGUGGGCACAAGACGAGACCACGCCGGGACUACGGCUGGUCAGGGUGUUUGCCAUUCGGACUGAUCCUGAUAUGAAGAACUGUCUACUCGAGCUGGAGGGCUCUCCGUACCAACACGUGAUCCAGCCCAGGGGUGUACUGUUCGCCCUGAACACCGCCGGCCCGUCCUACCAGGCCCUGAACAACAUCGUCUACCUGAGCGAACAUCGUCUGUACCACAACUACGACACAGGCCCGCAGUCUAAAACUCUAGGACUCGUCAAACACACCAGCGCCAUGCCUCAGCUGCUGUGUGGAACUUACGACGGUUUCAUCUACGGGACUGCCCGCAACCACAGCGCACAGACCGAGGACGAAAACAGGGUCACCUACAACGUCCCGGACUUACCGGACGGAAAACACACCCUGACCCUUCACUACGUGGGAGGAGGAGGCAAUAUCAUCAUCAAUGGAAAUACGAAAAGAGUGAAUUUCAAACCAGAGAAGACGGAGGCCUCUCCAGGCUACACAGCACACACGUUCUCCGUCCCCGUGACUGUGUCCGGCGGGACCCUGGAGUUCACGGCGUACCCCUCCUUCCUCUGCGGCUUCUCCAUCUGUGACGCCUCGUACGUCGAGCCGGAACAAUCACCUGAUGACAUAAGGAGAGAACAGCAGGAGAGAGUGAAGCUGGGUCUGGAGGCCACGCCCCUGCCGGACAGCCUGGAGAAGAAGAAGAUGCAGAUUGCCGGCUGGUCCUCAAAUCUCCUGGACAACGCCAGCGGACAGCUGGGGAACAUGUCUCACUGGAACAUCGGUGGGGACUGGAACGUCAUCGAGGGAGGACAUGGAACGGAAAAAUGUUUUGUGACGUCACAUAUGCGCUGUACGAAGUACCAGGAGGUGGAUCUGACUAAGACGUUCUCCGAGGAACAUCUGGACACGUCUCCAGAAAUCCAGGUGUCGGAGUGGUACACACAGGGCGUCUGUGGAGGAGGCUUCUACACGCUAGAGGUCACGCUGAUGACGUAUGACGGAGAGGUCAUCAAAAGGUAUAAGAGCGGAGAGAAGGGUAACCUGUACUCAGGACAGUGGCACGAGGAGAAGGUCGCAUUUACCGACUACGGGACGGGAGUCAGACUUGUCGGCAUUCAAUCGUCAGGUAAAGAUGACAAGCACUGGGGAGGUCAUUACGGAGCCCGGAUGUCCAGCGCCACCGUGCGGGUGAGAAGAGAAGCGACCCCGGCGGAAGAUGACGCGUUUGCUGAUGUCAUUCCGGAGAACGUGACGGAAGAGGAGAGGAGCCAGCAGGCGGCUGUCAGGGAGAAGGUCGUGCAGAAGGUGCUGACGGAAAAUGCCCAACUUUGGUCACAGGACGACAACGAAGCUCAACCAAUGGAGGACCCGCUCAUGUCAAUGGAGCAAGGUGGAAAACCAAAAGGCAGCGCUGAGCCUAACCAGGGGGAAAACAAGGCAGUUUCAAAGGUCCGUCGGUCGGAAAAGCCGAAGCAGAGAGAGAUCAGAGUCUUUGUUUCCAGCACCUUCAAGGACUUUAAGGAUGAGAGAGAAUACCUCAUCAAGAAGACGUUCCGUGAACUGAACCGUCUGUGCGCCGAACGUUCGGUGUUCUUCACGUACGUGGACCUGCGCUGGGGCAUCACUAAGGAGCAGUCUGACGACGGGCGGACCAUCUCCAUCUGUCUCAAGGAGGUGGACCGUUGUCGUCCGUACUUCAUCUGUAUGAUGGGAGAGAGGUUCGGCUGGAGUCAGAAACAGGACGAACCAGACAAGCUGCUGAACGCCAGUUUUGACUACGCCAUCAAACACAACGACGACCUGAAAUGGAUUGAAAAUCACCGGUUUGAUACAAGUGUCACACAGCUGGAGAUACAACACGCGGCACUCAACAAUCCUGGCGAGAGUCGCCAACGCUGUUUCUUCUACCUGCGGGACCCUGUCACAGACACGGGCACAGUCAGCCCUGACGAUGUACAGGUAUUCCUGUCGGAGAGUGACUGGCACCAUCAGCACCAGUACAAACUGCGGAAUGCUGUACUAGAGGCAGGGAUGAAUGUCAGGAACUACAGGGAGACGGAGGACGCCUGCACCCUUAUUAUGGAGGACCUGCAGCGGUGUGUGGAUGAAGACUUCCCGCCGGGAACAGAGCUGACACCCAUGCAGCGGGAACAGGAGCACCACAUGGCGUUUGCUGAAGCUCGCAGGCGCGUGUACAUCGGCAGGCAGGAGUACUUCGACAAGAUCGACCAGUUCAUGGCCGGAAACAACUCAGCUCCUCUGGUCCUGGUCGGCGAGUCCGGGUCGGGUAAGUCUGCCCUGGUGGCGAACUGGGUGUCCCGGUACGAGCAGGCCCAUCCUGACCAGUUCGUCUUCGUCCACUUCAUCGGCAGUUCUGCUGAGAGCUCCAACCACGUCACCUUAGUCAGAAGGCUGAUGGAGGAGCUAAAGGCCUUCUUUAACCUGACCAUGGCGGUGCCGACAUCCGACACGAACCUGGUCAGGUCGCUGCCUGUGUGGUUACGGAUGGCGGGGAUGAUGGGCCGGGUGCUGAUAGUCAUGGACGCCCUCAACCAGCUGGACAGCGGCACGGCGAUGGUCGGAGAAGGUGAUGAGCAUGACCUCCUGUGGAUCCCGAAAGAAAUGCCGCCUGGCGUCAGCAUGCUGCUCUCCACCCUACCAGGCAGGGCGAUGGAAGCUGCCUCAGCCAGCGGAUGGGAGACUUUCCGCGUGCAACCACUGCAACCUGAGGAGAAGUCUGCGAUCAUCAAGGGGUACCUGGAGGACAUGUACACCAAAACUCUGUCGGAAGAGCAGAAACAGCUCAUCAUCGAAGCGCCGCAGACCAACAACCCGCUGUACCUCAAGGCCUUGUUAGAUGAGAUGCGUCUGUACGGUGAGUUUGAGACGGUGACCACUCGCAUACAGCAUUAUCUAGAGGCAGAAAAUCCCGGCGUCCUCUUCGGCAAGAUCUUAGAACGUCUUGAGAAUGACUUUGAGACAGGAGUCAACACCAGAAAAUACCUUGUUCGCCUUUCCACGUCUGCCAUCUGGUGUUCUCAUCGUGGGUUAUCAGAGGAAGAAAUGGUCUCCCUUCUGGACGUACCGUCCGUUGUCUGGUCACCCUUCUACCUCUCGUUGGACGACAACCUGAUCAACCGGAACGGGAUCCUGAACUUCUUCCAUGACCAUCUCCGCCAGGCGGUGGAGGCCCGGUACCUGCCGUCUGCCGAGGACAAGAGGCGAAAGUACCUGGAGCUGGCCGACUACUUCGCGACGAGGGAGAUUGAUGACAGAGUUGUGGACGAGCUGCCGUUUCUCCUGUCCAAGGCUGGGGAGAUGGACCGACUGCGAACAACCAUCACCAACCUGCGCAUCUUCCAGCGGAUGAUGAAGUCUGUAGAGGGGACCUUCAACCUCAUGAAGUACUGGCAACAGGUCGGGGGGUACGAACGUGCAGAAGCAGACUAUCUGAAAGCCUUGUCUGAAGAACCCCAGGGAUCGUCCGGCCAAGAGAAGGAGGACCGCGUCGCGCUUCUUCGCAGCAUGGCGGCGUUCUUCGUCAAAGCAGGGCUGCUGAAAAGUGCAAGAUCUUUGUACGAGGAACUGCUGGAAAUGCUGGAGCGCCGGUAUCUGGACUCACAUGGCACGGUGGUGUAUCACCCCAGGAACUUCUCUUUCCGACACAAGUGCAAGCACACUGCUGUUCUGGAUGUUCUACACAGUCUGGGAAACGUGUGUGAACGACAGAUGGAGCUAAAACUUGCUGAAGAGUUCUAUACAGACGCCCUGGACCGCCAGACCAGGCUCGACACGCCUAAAGAGAAGCUUUAUCUAGUCAAAGGACUUCUUGGUCUAGCAUCUGUGAAGAGUCUCAAGGAAGACCAGAAGGAAGCGAAGAAGCUACUUCUUCGGGCCAAAGAGGUGGCGACCAGCGUGUUGGGGCCUCACCAUCACUAUGUGGCGUCCAUCGUGGGGCAGAUCGGACAAGUCUGCUAUAAGCAAGGCCGCGUGGACGAGGCACUGGGUUUCUACCUACAGGAGCUGAGUAAGGUGCGCGCGAUCCACGGCGCCAGUCACCCGCGCACGGCCGGCGUGCUGAACAGCAUCGCGCUGGUGUACGACGACAAGAACGACGAGCGUGCCGGGGAAAUAUAUGAGACCGCCCUGACCACCAUGCUACAGGCGUACGGAAACAAUCAUGUGGAUGUGGCCAUUAUCAGGUAUAAUACAACCUGGGGGCAUUUUACUUUGCCACAAGCCACUAUGCCAGGUCCAAGUACCAGUUUGAGCAGGCUGCAGCAGUCUUCGAGUCCUUCCUCGGUCCUGACCAUCCUGACACUGCCCAGGCUAAGGAGGCCAUGGACACUGCAGCUGCAUUUGUCAAGGAGUAACCAAACGCCUGUACUGGAAUCUGCCUCUGAUAUUUUCCUGGAUUUAAGUUGUAACUUGUAACAACAACUUGUAAUUACUGAAUGCCAAAAAAAA